AUGAAUAAAUCUAAUGAUUUGAAUUAAAUUUCAUAAAGUUUAGAGGAAAGCAGCCUCUUAUUGGAUUAACACACUAGUGAAAAUGAUGUUUCUGCUAUUCAAUUCUCAAUUUAAGAAUUUAGAAUUGAUCAUCGUUAAGACAAAUUGUCACUUACAAAGAUUGAUGAGAACUAUGAAUUAAAAAGUACUUGCAUGCCCUAGUAUCUCACUGUAAAUUAGAGAAUUAAGAAUAAACUAGAUAAAUAUUUUUGUAAUUAGGAGAUGGAUAUACCAAAGGAUGAAUGCUUAUAAAUAAAUUACUUAAUAAAAAGGAAAUUGAAUCAAUGUAAUUAAUAACUAUCUGAUUUUUAUUACAUUUAUGUUACGAAUGAAGUAUCUGAGAAGAGACAAGAAUAUUUUAAAUUUAAGUUUGGCCCUCUCUAUAGUUUCAAGUUAAGAUAGAUUGAACUUGCAUUCAAUUUAAUUAAUAUACUAUUUUAAUAAUGCUAUAAAUUGAUUGUAAUGAAGAAGAAUAGAAAAAGCCUUAAGUUUAAUUCUGAAUGA